AAACGGCGCGUCGUCACCGCAGACGGAGUGAAAGUUGUGUCCGGCAUCAGCGGAGCUCAGACCGGACCUGCUGCUCGGAUCGUCCCGGAGCCAUGAGGCGGAGAGAGAAGCGGCUGCUGCAGGUCGCCGGACUGCUCGUGGCGGCGCUGCUCUUCCUCCCGAACGUCGGCCUCUGGUCGCUCUACCGGGACCGAGUGUUCGACGACCCCGCGCCUGAGGCGGCGGACGGUCCGGGCGGCAUCUCCGCGCUGCAGGGGUGGAACCCGAGGCUCGUUCAGGUGGGAGCCGACGGCGUGCGGAGGACGGACUGGCACGACUACGAGGCGAUAAGGAGGGAUGCAGCUCGUGUCGGUAACGGUGAACAGGGGCAGCCUUUCCCUCUGACAGAAACUGAUCGGGCGGACCAGGCCUACCGAGAGAACGGCUUUAACAUCUAUGUCAGCAACCGGAUCUCCCUGAACCGCUCGCUACCAGACAUCCGCCAUGAAAACUGUAAGCAGAAGCUGUAUGCAGAGAAGCUUCCCAACACCAGCAUCAUCAUCCCGUUUCACAACGAGGGCUGGUCAUCGCUGCUGAGGACGGUUCACAGCGUGCUCAACCGCUCUCCUCCGCAGCUCAUCGCAGAGAUCAUCCUGGUGGACGACUUCAGCGACAAAGAACACCUGAAGGUGGCGCUGGAGGAGUACAUGACCCAGAUGUCCAAGGUUCGCAUCCUGAGGACCAGGAAGAGGGAAGGUCUGAUCCGGACUCGGCUGCUCGGCGCCGCCGCCGCUAAAGGAGAAGUCAUCACCUUCCUGGACUCUCACUGUGAGGCCAACGUCAACUGGCUUCCUCCUCUGCUGGACCGGAUCGCCCAGAACAGGAAGACCAUCGUGUGUCCGAUGAUCGACGUCAUCGACCACGAUAACUUUGGCUACGGGACGCAGGCGGGGGACGCCAUGCGGGGGGCGUUCGACUGGGAGAUGUACUACAAACGCAUCCCCAUCCCUCUGGAGAUGAAGAGAGUCGACCCGACGGAGCCUUUUGAGUCUCCGGUGAUGGCGGGCGGUCUGUUUGCUGUGGACAGAAAGUGGUUCUGGGAGCUGGGAGGAUAUGACAUGGGUCUGGAAAUCUGGGGAGGAGAACAAUACGAGAUCUCAUUCAAGGUGUGGAUGUGUGGUGGCCGGAUGGAGGACAUCCCCUGCUCCAGAGUGGGACACAUCUACCGUAAAUACGUCCCCUACAAGGUUCCUGGUGGGAUCAGCUUAGCCAAGAACCUGAAGCGCGUCGCUGAGGUUUGGAUGGAUGAGUACGCCGAAUACGUCUACCAGCGCCGGCCCGAGUACCGCCACCUGUCAGCAGGAGACAUGACGGCGCAGAAGGAGCUGCGUAAUCGAUUGAGCUGCAAAAGCUUCAAGUGGUUCAUGCAGGAGGUGGCCUGGGAUCUGCCGAGACACUACCCACCGGUGGAGCCUCCUGCUGCUGCGUGGGGGGAGAUCAGGAAUGUGGGAAGUGGAAUGUGCAUGGAGAUUAAACACCUUGUCUCUGGGAGUCCGAUCCGCUUGGACAACUGUGUGAAGAGCCGCGGCGAGACGAGCUGGAGCCACGGACAGGUGUUGACGUUCGGUUGGAGGGAGGACAUCCGGGUCGGUGACCCCAUGCACACGAGGAAGGUCUGCUUUGAUGCGGUUUCUCACAGCAGCCCUGUCACGCUGUACGACUGUCACGGUAUGAAGGGGAACCAGCUGUGGCGCUACAGAAAGGACAAGAGUCUGUAUCACCCAGUCAGCAACAGCUGCAUCGACAGCAGUCCUAUGGAGCGGCGAGUCUUCAUGAACACAUGUGACCCCGCCUCUCCGAGCCAACAGUGGCUGUUUGAGCGGACCAACGCCACCGUGCUGGAGCACUUCAACCGGAGCUGGAGCACUUCAACCGGGACAGCAACUGAGGUCACUGAGCGUUGAGACGAGGCGUCUUCCGAGGAACCGAUCAUGAAACACUGAUCACCUUUGUUCAAAUGAGAAUGGAAGUUCUACGAAAGCAAAACGCUGCCUCACAAACAUCCCCGGGGUGCUGCAGCGAUCCGGUGCCUCGGCUACAGUCGAAGAGCUGGUCGGACCAGAUGCCUCGACGCCCAGAAUCCAAUCAUACAGCUGGAGUUUGUGAUGGGGAAGGAGGGUGGGAGGACCCCGGCGGGAGCAGGUGGCCCCGUGGACGCGCUGAAGCUUUAAAAAGUCGGUUCUAAAGAGGCGAAAAUUUGCAGCGAUGCACCUCCUGUCAUUACCAGUGUAGAUCAUCCAACACAGACUGGUGGAUUUAUUAGAAGAUCUGUUCUUUGGCCUUCCUCAGCCUUGUAUUUUUCUAUUUUUGGCAUGUUUUUUUUUUAUUCAUGGUGCUAAACAGCUUCUGAAGGCUGUAAAGGAUUCCUGCUGACUGGUCGAUGUGUCCUUUUCAACGAAGCUGUUAAAGGUGCUUUUGUAAAAUACGAAUUUAUUUUUUUAUGUAAUAAAUAAAAUAAAGCAUAUCUGUGGGUGUCA